AUGCGUCGUGGGCAACACCGCCUUGUGUCUCCCAAUGAUUCGGGUCGUCGACUGCCCCGAAGACCGACAGGUGAUACAUCGACUAUGCCUCAAUACUGUAUACCCAAGAAGGGUACCUCCCGAAGUCCAGCACCCAGUCGAAGCGGAAGUCCAUGCCGUGUCAAGGAAGGUGACAAUAGCCCAGCCUUUGGGGCCGGAGAUGGUAAAGUUGGGGUAUACCGUCGAAAGCCCAGUCUGAGUCGAGGCGUAUCUCCAUCCCUUAUUGGUUUAGGCAACCUACAGAGUGAAUUAGAGGCACAUCCUACCCCAGCUUUGACUAGCCAGAUUGGAUCAUCGGAAAAACGAAUGACCGAGGAUACUGGAUACCAGUCACAGCGCCCAUCAGCUCGCCGGCCAUUGAGAUCGACUGAUAAGUCCACUGAGUCGUCAAGUCGGUCAUUAGUGUUAGAUGCUAAACACAAGGAGGCUUUUGGACGCCAAAGAGAUCAGAAUAAGGCCACUAUCACAAGGCUGACCCAUGGCAUGGAGUCUGAUCGGGCCAAAGAAAGACCAUCACUUCAGUCGACAUCUUCAUUGAGUCACCGAUCGCUUAGUUACUAUGCUCAAAGGCUUCACGAACCAGCUCGUUCUCGCUCGGCUGAUCGGCUUUCAGCAGGUCGGCGCGAUGUCUCUAGAAGGGAAGGCGACGAAAGUGCCGGAAAGAUGGAAGCUAAACCGGGGGAAGGAUUUAAAGGACUGCGGUCUCGAGGACUUUCCUUCUCUGCUGCCGUCAGAGAAUACGAUUCUUCCGGAUUCAUCAUGCCUAUCUCCUGUCUGACCUGCCAUCGGCCGACAGGCUUACUAACACCUCCAUCCGCCAGAACACAACAUCAUCACCACCACCACACUCCUCUCACUCAUCCUCCUCCUCCUCAUCCUUAUACUUUGCAUCGUCGAAAUCGUAACCAACACUGUCACCAGCCCCCUUCUACUAUGAAGCCUGCCACACCACGUCUCAUCACUUCCUUGCCCUCUUCGGCCUCAGCAACAGUCGAGUUGUCCGGUUUGUUGUUUUCUGGCCUUCAACUGAUCGGCCCAUCUUCAGCCGAGGCUUCUUUUGACCGGCAGAUCCCGGCUAGGUUGCGAGCCGCUACACUAUCGUCGUCUGCAUCGUCAUCCGCUUCCCAGUCCGCCGGUGUCGCCUCUACUGUUACUUCCUCUUCUUCCGCCAGCCAUCGGCGUCAAGCUGUUACCGAAUUGGCGUUUAUCCAUCCGAAUUCUCGACGCGGAGAUACUGGCCCCAAGCCUACGAGUGGCCAGGGCAGCCGAGGAGAGCCUAGCUUUCUAGAAUCUUCCUCUUCCGUUGUUUCUUGUGGACAGAAACAAGCACAUAUAGAAGCACACGCACUGACCUCAACCCCGACCUCUAUGUCGGCAUCGUUGGCUUCGUCAUCUCCAUAUGUCCGACCGCCUUCAUCUCGCCAGUUGGUCCGUGGCAUGCCGCCUCCUUCGCCAAAGCCACGUCGUCUCGGCCAUUCAACCACUCUAUAUCGAGGUUUUUCCAGGGUCACUUCAGAGCCAGAUGAUGCUGGACAUUAA